AUGUUAUCGAGAGUUAACUUGGUCGCGCUUCUGCUGACCUUGAAUUGCGUUAGCCGCGCGAUUGAGCAUUCGAGAUCGCCGCUUGAGAAAUGGCAGGAGGAAGGGAGAGCCGUCACUUCCGACAAGAAGGUCCUCAGGUACAUGUAUGAUAAUGUGACGUCCGAGAGUCCUAUUUCUUCGGUCAAUGGUCGCAACGGUGACAGAGACAAGGUAGCCAAGAUUCAUCGUUCAAUUGAUCAAGACAUCUAUAAUGCAUAUUCCAAGAUUGAAAUGAGGGACCGAGAUGAAACACGGCGUAGGAAACGAAAAGUACGGCCAAGUACAAUGAUGGCGUUGCUGAUGGCGUACAAGCUUAAAUUUGUUGCUCUAAUACCAACGAUACUCGGAGGUCUGAUUCUUCUCAAAGGAACGACGCUACUCGCGGGAUUUUUCUUCGCCCUAUUCGCUGCCGUUCUUGGAUUAAAAGUACACUGA